AUGGCAUCUACAACAAGCACCCUAGUGACUCCUCGCGAUAGAGUCGGCAGCGAUAAGGAGCACGAGACCACACCAUCGCCGUCCAUGCUCGCCGAAGAGGGCGCCGUUGAGAAGAAGGAAAAUGGCAACGGCACCGACGAAGAGACCGGCUCGGUGCAGCCCCAAGAAGCAGCCAACGCAGUCUAUCCCUCCGGUAUGGCCCUCGGGCUCAUCGUCUUCGCCCUGGUCCUCAGUAUCUUCCUCAUCGCCCUCGACAUGACCAUCGUCGCAACUGCAAUUCCCAAAAUCACCGACGAGUUCAAGGGUCUCGACCAGGUAUCCUGGUACGGAGCUGCCUUCUUCAUGUGUGUCGCUGCGUUCCAGUCAACAUGGGGAAAGGCUUACAAGUACUUUCCGCUCAAGACGUCUUUCUUGCUCUCCAUCUUCAUCUUCGAGGUCGGCAGCUUGAUCUGCGGUGUCGCUCCCAACUCCGUCGCCCUCAUCGUCGGUCGUGCCAUCGCCGGCGUCGGCGCAGCAGGCAUCGGCUCCGGCGCCUACACCAUCAUCGGCUUCUCCGCCCCGCCUGACAAGAGACCUACCUUCACCGGUAUCAUCGGAGCAUCCUACGGAGUCGCCUCCGUCAUCGGUCCUCUCAUUGGCGGCGCUUUCACGGAUCACGUCUCAUGGCGCUGGUGCUUCUACAUCAACCUCCCCGUUGGCGGUCUCGGCGCCGCCAUCAUCCUCUUCUUCUUCCAUACCCCGCCCCAGGCCAUCCCCGUCAAGGCCAGCAUGCGGGAGAAGUUCCUCCAAAUGGACCUCAUCGGCACCUCUCUCAUCAUGGGCGCCACCAUCGCCUUCCUCCUCGCCCUCCAGUGGGGCGGCAGCACUCACGCCUGGAACUCCUCCACCAUCAUCGGCCUCUUCGUCGGUUUCGGCCUCAUCAUCAUCGCCUUCAUCGCCCUCGAGUGGUACCAGGGCGAGCGCUCCAUGAUCGCCCCCCGCCUUAUCAGCGACCGCACCAUCUACAUCUCCUCCGCCUACGCCUUCUUCUUCGCCGGCUCCUACUUCGUCCUCGUCUACUACCUCCCCAUCUACUUCCAGUCCGUCGACAACGCCUCCCCCACCCAGUCCGGCGUCCGCAACCUCCCCCUCAUCAUCGCCGUCACCAUCGCCACCAUCGCCUCCGGCGUCUCCAUCUCCGCCACCGGUAUCUACACCCCGAUCAUGGUCGUCGGAGGCGCCGUCGCCACCAUCGGCGCCGGUCUCCUCUACACCCUCGACAUCGGCACCGGCAGCGACAAGUGGAUCGGCUACCAGGUCCUCGCCGGUCUCGCCUGGGGCGCGGCGUUUCAGGUUCCCAUCAUCGCCGUCCAGGGCACUGUUUCCGAAAACGACCUCGCCUCCUCGACUGCCAUUCUGCUCUUCUUCCAAACCGUCGGUGGAGCCUUCUUCGUCGCCGGCGCGCAGUCCGGCUUCCUCGUCACGAUCCUCAAGAAGGUCAUGGAGAACGUCCCCAGCGUCGACCCAUCCCUCGUCGCCCUGACCGGCGCCACCGAGAUCCGCAACGCCUUCCCCGCCGACGCCGUCCCGGGCAUCAUCCAGGCCUACAUGGACGGUCUGAAAGUCGCCUUCGCCAUCGCCGUCGCCGGCGCGGGCGUCUCCUUCUUCAUCUCCCUCGGCUCGAGGUGGAGCAAGCUGUACACCAGCAACAUCGGAGGCGCCGCUUAG